AUGCUAGACGUCCAAGUGUGUUGCCAUGUAACAGCCGACAGUUGCUUUGGUGAGAGGGAAGACGAAUAAGGCGGGUGGCAGAAGACUGUAGCGUGACAGUACGUGUCCUUUUUACUGGCAGACAGGUAGCCGCGACCAGUUCAUCCGUGGAUACCUUAACUCCGCAACUGCAACAGUAAACUGUCCGAAAUUCCUACCCUUUGGUUACCUUAGUUAAUCGUCUCCGUUUUGUACUUACCGUUAACUUCCCCUCUAUUGUCUUGUUCACCCAUUGUGGGAUAUACGACAUUCUCUGGCCGAUAAAUUAUGCUGUACAACCUGAAUAACUGAACCAAUCCGUUGGAAGAACGAGCGGUGCCUCACCGAUACCUCCUUAUGUCAUCGCCGUUCUCGCUUGCUGGACCAACUAAGGACCGUCUCUAGGCCAACCGCCCCACGCCAAAGGACCUACCAGUGUUCCCUAUCCCAUUUGAACGCCAACCUAUCCUCCUGUCGUCCUAAAUAAUUCCGAAUCUUCUCCCUCGGCUACUGUCUGGUUUUCUUAUUUGGGGUCGAAUAAGAGGGUUUGGACACUUAGCACUGUUUGACCGCUUAGAAAUUGGAGAGAGUGGUAGGAUGUAGCAUGGCAGAUGCGGUGUUAAAAUUUUGUUAAGGCUAUGGAGAGGAUCUCAGUACCUGAAGGUCGUCCACCCAAACCAGACACGUAGAUAGUUUAUGAUGAUUACGAUCUCUGAUAGGACUGUGUGAAGACCUCUCCGGAGACCAUUGACGAAUGGGCACGACCAGUGGCCAUCCUCAGUCGCCUCGAUAACGGAGCUGAUGCCGUUGACAGGACAGCCAACCUCACUUCCUCGUUCACCUCUGCGACGAUGUUCGAGCGUCUGCGAAGAGAAUUUCUGUGCCCCUGAAGGAUCACCAACAGCUCUCUGGGGAACUGACCAUUUUCUUUCAACGACAUCUACGUGUUCUGGCCCGACAAGCGUUUCCCAACAACUCCUACGCGGAGCUGGACGCCACGAUACUGGAGGACGUCGUGGAUGACAUCGCCCUCCCAGAGGUCGGACGCCAGUUUGUCCGAGACCCACUCAACAGUAUCAAGGUGGCCGCCGACAUCGCUCACCGCGAAGAAGCCAUCCAGACCUCGUACCCGCCGGAACCGCAGUCUCUCUCGGCAUCAUUCGGACUUUGCUCAACACCUGUCAUCCUACAGGGCCCUUCGAUCGACGUCUUUGCCACGGGACAACGACAAAUCUCCGAUGUUUUGACCCAAACGGCAAGGUGGCAAUGGAACCCUUCCCAGUCUCCUCCUCGACGCGGGAACUGGAGGCAACAGCGUGCUCGUCAGACCCGCCCUCAGUAUAACCCCGCUGUUCAUAAUAUCGCCGCAUGUGAAGAAUAG